AUGCUUCUGAUUUAUUGCAAACGACUACGGGAACUGACCAUACGUGCGCCAGACUUUGCUGAAACGCCGAAUAUGAACAAGGAACGGGGUGGCGAGAGCACGGAGUUUCUUAAAACUGACUUUGGGUUACGGCACAGCAUUGCGGUUUUAGAUAAGAUGCUGAAUGGUGUAAGCACAACUCCACAGAUCUUCAAAGCGUCGAGUGCUCAUUCUUCGUUCAAAAUUGGUAUUAAUGCACCUGGCGAGUUAGGAAAACCGGUACAUUUGCCCACAAAUAUGACAGAGGAUAUGAGGAAAGCCGUGGAUGAGGGUUGGCAGCAUAAUAAAUUCAAUCAAUAUGUGUCCGAUAUGAUUUCGGUGCAGCGAACGCUGCCUGAUCUGCGGCAUGAGUGGUGCAAACAACCCGAUCGUUAUUUGCGAGAUCUGCCGAAGACCGAUGUAAUAAUAUGUUUCCACAAUGAGGCCUGGUCAACAAUGUUACGAACAGUGCACUCAGUGCUAAACCGAUCUCCGGAAGUGCUGAUUAAAAACAUUAUCUUGGUCGAUGAUUGCUCAGAUAUGGCACAUCUGAAAGAACCUCUCGAUAYCUACUUUAAGAGCUAUAAAAAAGUGCGCAUCAUACGCGCGCCGAAACGCCAAGGUCUCAUACGAGCGCGACUGUUCGGCGCACGCUAUGCAACGGCGCCGGUUNUCCCAGAUUAA